AUGGCGUUACCGCCCCCUCUCCGAUCUACUUUCUCUCCCGCCGAGCUUGAGCUCAUCGCAUGCGAAGAGCUCAUCGAAAUCCAGCCACUUAUAGCCAUGGAGCGUACCGCAUUCAUAUCGGGUGCAUACGGUCCUCUACGACCUCCUCUGAAGGCGAAAGUGCCGAUCUGGAUGGCCGUCAACCUGAAGCUGAAGAAGAAAUGCAAUGUUGUACCACCAGACUGGCUUAGACCAGAGCAUCUACGCGAAAGGCUGCAGCAAGAGACGAAUAAUCCGGGAUUUAGUGAGAUGCCACUGCGCUUUGCGGAGAUCGCGAAGGUGCUUCUCGAUGUAGCUUCAGAUGACGUCCCGGAAUCCGACAAAGUCCGCUCUCUGCUCAAGGAUAUCCGUGAAGUCAGACAGGCAAAGAGCCGGGAUGGUCUACAGAACAUUGACCGCAGCGAGCUUGCUCUGGCGAACUUCUGCUCAAUGGAGAUCAACGAGAUUCGACCAUUCUAUACUCGCGCGAUGGACAUCUUCACGCAACUACACUUCGAAGGCGCACCCGCGAACGAGUACUAA